AUGAAUUUCACUGGAAAAGUCGUACUUAUCACUGGCGCGGCCAGUGGAAUCGGCAGAGCAACUGCCAUAAAGGCAGCGCAAGCCGGAGCUAAACUUGCUCUUGGAGACAUCAAUACCCUCGCUCUCGAGGAGACUCUAGAGCUCUGCAGACCAGCAUCAGAAACUCAUCAGGGUUCUAUGAUUUUGGCCUACGAUGUCAGCCUUGCCGAUAAGUGCAGCGAGUUUGUCAAAGCAGUUCUCCAUAAGUUCGGACGAAUCGACUGCGUUUUCAACUGCGCUGGUAUCAAUCCUUCCUCUAUCCCAGUUGAGGCGAUAACGAACGAAUACUGGGAUAAAUUGAUGAACACGAAUCUUCGCGGAACCUUCAACAUGACUCGGGCAUGCUUGCCCCAUAUGCAGGCUGGCUCGUCUCUGGUGAAUGUAUCAUCUGUCUGUGGUACCAACCCCGUCGCGAAUUUCUCGGUAUACUGCGCUGCAAAGUAUGCGGUUAUUGGAUUCUCAAAGAGUGUUGCUUUGGAGGUUGGUCACCGAGGUAUUCGUGUGAAUGUAGUGGCUCCUGGAUACACCGAUACCCCGACGAAUGUCUCUGUGCGGAGUGGAGCCGAAGCAAUGCAGCGCACAGCGGAAAAUGUGGGGAUGAAAAGGAUGGGAAAACCAGAUGAGAUUGCCGAUGCUGUUCUCUUUCUCUUUUCCGAGCAGAGUAGCUAUAUGAAUGGUGCGGUUGUUGAUGUGGAUGGAGGAAUUGGCAUGUUUGGGUAG